CAUCUGCGUGUAUAUUAUCUCUAUAAUUGAUGGUGGUAAGGAACUGAACAAAGAAGAGAUAUACUUCCUCAUCCACAUCUCUCUCUCUCUCUCUCUCUCUGUGAUAUGUUCUGGUGUGUAUGGUUAUCAGCUGCAAUUCAGGUCUUCGUCUUCAUCGACACUCAUGUGUUGGUGGUUAAUCUUUGUCAUCUUCCUAGGGUUUGGUUUCUGUGCAGUGAAAGAAGUUUUGGCCUUUACAAAUCCUAAAAGCUGAUCUGAGCUGAACAUCAUCCACAGUAAUUAUAAAGAUUCAUUGCGAGAAGGAAGGAAAUUGGGAUAUUGAUAGAUUGAUUUAUAGAUAUAUAAUGCUCCGAGGAGGCAUGGUGGUGGAUGACAGUAUGUCGAAUUUAACAUCGACAAUCUCAAAUGAAGCAAGCAUAUCUUCAAGCAGCAACAGAAAUCAUGAAUUAGGAGGUAAUAUGUACUCACAGCAGCCUCUCAUCCAAUCCUUUGCUUCUCCCAUUGGUAAUAAUCCGACACAGCCGCCGCCUCCCAAGAAGAAAAGAAGUCUCCCUGGCCAUCCAGUAGAUCCUGAUGCGGAAGUGGUGGCGCUAUCUCCAAGAGCCCUAAUGGCGACAAACAGGUUUGUGUGUGAGAUCUGCAACAAGGGAUUUCAGAGAGACCAGAACCUGCAACUGCACAGAAGAGGGCACAAUCUGCCAUGGAAGCUGAAGCAAAGGAGCAACAAAGAAGUGGUGAAGAAGAAGGUGUACGUGUGCCCGGAGCCAAGCUGCGUCCACCACGAUCCUUCUAGAGCUCUGGGCGACCUCACCGGAAUCAAGAAACACUUCUCCAGAAAACAUGGCGAGAAGAAAUGGAAGUGCGAGAAAUGCUCAAAACGCUAUGCUGUUCAAUCCGAUUGGAAAGCUCAUUCCAAGAUUUGUGGCACUCGCGAGUACAGAUGCGAUUGCGGAACCCUCUUUUCCAGGAGGGACAGUUUCAUCACCCACCGAGCCUUCUGCGAUGCUUUGGCAGAAGAAAGUUCAAGAUCAAUGACACACCCCACCCCCACCCCCACCCCACUAAUUAAUUUAUCCUCCCAAACCCAAUCCCAGUCUCAAUCCCAAAUCCAUGGCGGAACCACCUUCAUCAACCUGCACCCCAUAAAUGCCGCCGGCCUUAAGCAGGAGCACCACCACACCUUCAGCCUCCCGCCGUGGCUAUCGCCGGAAGGAGGCGGCGGCCCAUCAUCAGGACUCUUCUCAUCAUCGUCGUCAGAAAACCCUAACCCUAACCCUAACCCUAAUAUGAUGAAUAAUAAUGUAUGCUCUUCCAGGUCCUCCCCUGCAGCAGGAUCGUCGUCUUCGUCGCUGAUGUCGGCCACGGCACUGUUGCAGAAGGCGUCCCAAAUGGGGGUGACGAUGAGCUCAAAGAUGCCCUGCCAGUCAUCAUCAACAUCAGAGCAGUCAAUUCUUGGAAGACCCCAUCAUCACGUGGGUGCACCGGGGCUCUGCGCUUCCUCGUCCACAACUACAGCUGUCCUUCCCUCACGUGAAGCUGCUUUUAUGCAUGGCUCCAGCUUCCCCUCAUUUCCCAUUCCCAACAACAACAAGCACCACCACCUCCUCAACGUCGGAAAUAAUUGCAUCGAUCAACAGCUCCAAGACAUCAACAUGAACAUGAACAUGAUGGCUGCUGCUGCUGCUUUCUCUUUGCCCAAUUCCUCCGCCGGGUACAACAACAAUGUCGAAUCCUCCUUCCCCUUCGAGGAUACCUUCAAUGGAAUGAUGACGCACACUCAGACUCAAUCGCAGAAGAGAAACUUGAUUACUACUCCUCUACACGAUCAGAAUUCCCAUCUGAUGACCGCCGCCAGACCAGGCGGCGGCGCUGCCGGAGGCUCCAGCGGCGGGGAAGGUUUGACGAGGGAUUUCUUAGGACUGAGAGGAUUCCCUCAUAGGAAUUUCCUGGAUAUGGACGGCCUUGAUCAGAUGGGAUCUUCGUCGUACGAUCACCCCACUGAUCACAACACCCAUCCACCAUCGCCAUGGCAAAGCUAGCUUCUUUCUUUAAUUGAAUUUCCUUUCUUUCUAUUACAAAAGAUUUUUAGCAUUAUUUCUUAUGUAUUCUAUUGUUUCUGUUUCAUUGUUAAUCUUCCUCAACCAUCAAACAAUACUUUGUUUUAAUUAGUUAAUUGUGCAUCUAAAUUUAGUUGUGUAUAUUAAUUUUGAUGAUGAA